GUGACGCUCACUGACGUGAUCCACAAAACACAAACACGUUCCUGAGAAGAAGAAGCGUUUCAAGAUGUCGUCGCUGAAUGACAGAUCAGUUUGGGAUGAGGUGGAGGAUGGCAUCGGCGAGGAAGUUCUUAAGAUGUCCACUGAAGAGAUUGUUCAGAGGACUCGUCUUUUGGACAGUGAGAUUAAGAUCAUGAAGAGUGAGGUUCUGCGUGUCACUCAUGAGCUGCAGGCCAUGAAAGACAAGAUCAAGGAAAACACAGAAAAAAUCAAAGUGAACAAGACUCUGCCUUACCUCGUUUCAAACGUCAUAGAGCUGUUGGAUGUAGAUCCUAAUGACCAGGAAGAGGAUGGGGCCAACAUUGAUCUGGACUCUCAGAGGAAGGGCAAGUGUGCCGUCAUCAAAACCUCCACACGGCAGACCUAUUUCCUGCCUGUGAUUGGUUUGGUGGAUGCUGAGAAACUGAAACCUGGUGAUCUUGUGGGUGUGAAUAAGGACUCCUAUCUGAUUUUGGAGACUCUACCCACUGAGUAUGACUCUAGAGUUAAGGCCAUGGAAGUGGACGAGAGGCCUACAGAGCAGUACAGUGACAUUGGUGGCCUUGACAAACAGAUCCAAGAGCUAGUGGAGGCGAUUGUUCUGCCCAUGAACCACAAAGAGAAGUUUGAGAAUCUGGGCAUCCAACCGCCAAAGGGAGUGCUGAUGUAUGGACCACCAGGCACAGGAAAGACCUUGCUGGCCAGAGCCUGUGCAGCCCAAACUAAGGCAACAUUUUUGAAGUUGGCUGGCCCUCAGCUGGUGCAGAUGUUUAUUGGUGAUGGUGCCAAACUGGUGCGUGACGCAUUUGCUCUCGCCAAGGAGAAAGCUCCCUCCAUCAUCUUCAUCGAUGAGUUAGACGCUAUUGGCACCAAGCGCUUUGACAGUGAGAAGGCCGGAGACCGAGAGGUGCAGAGGACCAUGCUGGAGCUGCUCAAUCAGUUAGACGGCUUUCAGCCCAACAUGCAAGUGAAGGUGAUUGCCGCCACUAACAGGGUGGAUAUCCUUGACCCGGCUCUGCUGCGUUCAGGUCGCUUAGAUCGUAAGAUCGAGUUCCCCAUGCCCAACGAGGAGGCUCGUGCUCGCAUUAUGCAGAUCCACUCGCGCAAGAUGAACGUCUGUCCUGAUGUGAACUAUGAAGAAUUGGCACGCUGUACUGAUGACUUCAAUGGAGCUCAAUGUAAAGCCGUGUGUGUUGAGGCUGGCAUGAUUGCUUUGCGGCGCGGGGCCACUGAACUUAACCAUGAGGACUACAUGGAGGGCAUUCUGGAGGUGCAGGCGAAGAAAAAGGCCAAUCUGCAGUACUAUGCUUAAUGCAGUGGAUGGCUCUGUGAGUGUGUCUGUGUACACCUGCAUAUGUGUGUGCAAGUGUGUGCGUAUGUGAGCGUGUAAGUGGUCCAACAGCAGCUGUGUACCUGUGCUGCUGAGAUCCAGUAAUGUUCUGAGUAAUUACCUGGUUCUGAUAGAGAAAGUUCAGCCUAAUUUAGAUUGCACUGCCUCACAGUGAUGACUUGUGGAAUCAUUUUCAGUUAACCUUAUGUUUUUCUCUCAAUUCAGUAAAACACAAAACUUUUUUCCAUUA